AUGGCAAUCGUUUUGAAAGAUAUCGGUUUGGACCAGUUUAUAGUCAGAUUAGUUGGAUCAUUACAAGAGUUUGAAGCAACUAAAUCAGAACUCCGUGUGAGGCAAUCGUAUCAAAAUGGUCAAUGGGUUGUGACUGGCAAGGUUCCUAGUGAUCAUAAAGAGGCAAACGGCUCCGAGCUUUUGAAGUAUGGUACUCAAGACAACCAUUGGUUAAUGGCGUCGCGUAUUGUUUUCUCUAAAACCCAAAAACGCGCUUCACCCGGCUGUGAUUCUCAGGAUGAAAUGAAGAAAAAACGUGCACGGAAGUUAACAAUGUGUGGAAAAGAGGGCAGACAUGCCUUGGUGCAGGGAACAUCACCUGAAAAGGUGGAUGAUGUUGAAUCCUCAAGUGGUAGUUGUAGCAUUAAUAGCUAUAAACCGUAUCAUGGUUCUGGCUUUUGUGUUGAAGAUAUUGAAGAUCAUGAAAGUGAUGCAGAGUCUGUUUGUCAGUGUGGAUAUCAUGAAGAAAGUCAAAGCCAAGGAACUGAUGAAUCAGGUGAUAACAAGGCAGUGGCAGAUGAAAUUCAUAGACUGGAGUUGCAUGCCUACCGUUACACCAUGGUGUCAUUACAUGCAUCAGGACCCUUAAACUGGGAGAAAGAAACUAUGGUAACAAACCUUCGUAUAUCACUCCAUAUAUCAAAUGAUGAGCAUUUGAUUAUGUUAAAAAACUUACUUUCUGCUUCUAAUAAACAGUCUUAUUAG